GUUUCCAUAGAUACCAUUGAUCGCAACCCAUCGAUAAAAGUUGAGUAGCUAAAUGAGACUGGCUGGCACACGAAAAUCCCAGGAGGAACUAUGGGGCAAACACUCACCAGGGCAGCUCAGUGGACCACCUCCACCUCUGGCUCUGCCAAACUUGUGUCCACAUCAGUAAAUGAGUCCUUGUUGAGAGAAAUUCUGGGCUUUGUUGAGCAAUUCAGCUCCAAAUUCCCAGAGGAGGCAGAGAUUGUGUUUGAGGAGCCACUUCAAUGGAACACCACUUUGAAGGGAUCUGAAUUCAUCACAGGAUAUGACACCAGAGACUCUGCUGUGCACUCGUAUGAAAACGACAGUGAAGCACAGCCGUUGUUGCAGCUCUCUCCUCCAGAUGUUUCUGUACGCAGCUUCAGCCAGCUCGCUCAGCUACUUCAUCUGGCAGGUGAUAAGAACAUUCAAGAGCUUCGAACAUGUAUAGAAGAAAAUAGAGACCCGUUGGCAAAGAUUCUUGGUCCGAUCUUUUCCACUCACCUGGAGAGAGAAGGUGCCCAUCAUGAUGCUCUAAGUCCUGGAAACAAAAUGACAGAUGAGGAUUCAGCUGCACACUCCAACACCAGAGCCAAGCUGUUCCCCUUGAUUCAGAACGCAGACAAACAGAUCCUCUGCAAGGUUGUUGAGGAAACGACAAAUCAAAUUGGGCUCAACCCCACCGCAGUGAAGGAGGAAGUGGAGUUGUUGAAGCAGUGGGGCACUGAAGGAGAAACGAAGAUAUUGAAGUCACUGCGAUACACAUCAGAUUUUGAGUUUCCAAAUGGCUGUCGAGCUCCUCUUUGGAGACAGGCGCUUGGUGAGAUUUGUUAUCUUGUUAUUGAGCCAUGUGACUGUGAGACACUCUACGUCACCUGCAGCACUGCUGGAGUCUUUCUUAAUGGGUGCAUUGAAGGGAAACAGGAGGCAGAUGAGAGCGGUUACGAGCAAACAAGUGAUAUUUAUGAAGAUCUGGUAACACUUCUGAAGAGCAGAGCUCCACAUUUUGCAGAGAGCAUAACCAAUCAGCAUGAUUCUGCAGUUCAAGAACUUCUAUUGACACAAAGGACCCAGCAUGUGGAACUGCUUGAUGUAGAGGAAAAAGGCCAACCCCAGAGGUUUUCAGAGAAACAGGAAAAUAAUAUGGAUGAAAAGGCAAGACAACAGCAGACAGCAAACAGGACAGGCAGCAAGAAGAAAUAUGAACCUUGUCCAAGGUAGAGGAUUCUUGGUCUGUUGGCUAGAUGUAGGUUUGUAAUAAUUCCUUUCUGUGACUGCCAGUCAUUGCACUUUAUAAAGAGGAAAUCCUCAGCAGAAGCUGCAUUUGUGGCAUAUUUCAGCGACACUUCCUCUGAAAGUGAUGAAGAAGAGGACCAACUAAAGUUCCACCCAGAGAGUAAUAUAGACCCAUUUUCUCAAUACUGGCAGAUCCAGAAACUAGCAAGACAUCUGAAGAGAGCUGACCAGACAGCCACUGUACUUGUGGUUGGCCUGAUGGACUUUGAUUUGGCGAAUGAGGCAUGCCAACUGGUCAUCCGGGAUGUUGGAGCCCUUGAAAUUCUCAUUAACUUGCUGGAUACAGAUGUUGUCAAAUGUAAAAUUGGGUCUCUAAAAAUCCUGAGUAAAAUUAGCCACAACAGGCAAAUCCAGCAGAGCAUCUUAGACAUGGGAGGCCUGCAGAGCAUGGUAAAGAAUCUGGAUGCACGAGAAAAUCAGCUGAAGGCUUUAGCUGCUGAGACCAUUGCUAAUGUGGCUCAGUUCCACAAAGCAAGGAGAGCCGUCAGGCACAAUGAUGGCAUCAAGAAACUGGUUAAGCUGCUGGACUGUGUCCCUAGUUCAGCCAACCUCAAUGCAAACCUGGUGAAGGAUGUGGACGUGGCCCGCUGUGGGGUCUUGGCUCUGUGGAGCUGCAGCAAGAGUACCAAAAACAAGGAGGCCAUUCGUAUAGCCGGGGGCAUCCCUCUACUGGGUCAUCUGCUCAAAUCUUCACAUGAGGACAUGCUUAUCCCUGUUGUGGGCACCCUGCAGGAAUGUGCCUCAAAGGAAAAUUACAGAACUGCCAUAAAUACUGAAGGCAUCAUCAAGGACUUGGUUAAAAACCUGAGAAGGAACAAUGAUGAGCUACAGAUGCAUUGUGCCAGUGCAAUCUUUAAGUGUGCCGUGGACAACGAAACCCGUGGGCUGGUGCGCAGAUACAAAGGCCUACAGCCUUUGGUCUCGCUGCUCAGGAAAUUGGACAACAAGCAGCUCCUGGCUGCUGCCACUGGAGCCAUUUGGAAGUGUUCUAUCAGCAUGGAGAACAUGGUGAUCUUUCAGGAGUACAACGCUUUACAAACUCUCGUUUAUCUGCUAAAUGAUCAGCCUGAUGAAGUGCUUAUCAAUGUUGUGGGAGCACUGGGAGAAUUUGCUCAAAUUCCAGCUAACAGAUUCAUUAUCCACAAGUGUGGGGGCAUCAAACUGCUUGUUAAUCUGCUCACCAAACCAAACCAGACACUGCUUAUGAAUGUAACUAAGGCUGUGGGCAUAUGCGCUACAAAUAAGGACAACAUGGCAAUCAUUGAGGAGCUUGAUGGAGUCCGCUUGGUGUGGUCACUGCUCAAAAAACCCAACACAGAUGUGCAGUCUAGUGCUGCCUGGGCCCUUUGUCCAUUUAUCGAGAAUGCAAAGGAUGCAGGGGAAAUAGUGCGCUCCCUCAUCGGUGGAUUGGAACUGAUUAUUAAUUUACUGAAGUCAACAAACAACGAGGUGCUGGCGAGCAUUUGCUCUGUCAUUGCCAAAAUAGCUAAAGACAAGAAUAACCUGGCAGUCCUGACUGAUCAUGGGGUUGUCCCGCUGCUGGCCAAGCUGACUAACACAACAGAUGACAGGCUUCGACAGUACCUGGCUGAAGCCAUCGGCCACUGCUGCGUAUGGGGAACCAACAGGGCAUCCUUUGGUGAAGUCGGAGCUGUUGCCUCUUUGGUAAUUUAUCUUAAGUCCAAGGACAGUUCAGUCCAUCAGAUCACAGUCAUGACUCUAUACCAGCUGUCCAAGGAUCCCAACAACAUCAUCAUCAUGCACAAGAAAGGAGUGGUCCAGCCACUGAUCCGCCUCAUGUGCUCUGAUGACAAGGAGAUGCAGGUAUUUGCAGCAGGAUGUGUGCGAAACAUCCGACUACUGGCCCUGGCCAAUAAGAAGGCUUGCUGGUACAAAUGA